CCUAGCGCCCGCCGUCUAUCGAUAGGCGCCAGCGAUAGCACUAUCGAUUGCCGCGGCACACAGCCAGCGGCCCUAUAAAAGUUGCUUUUUGUGGGGCUGUCAGCUCAGUCAGCGGCUCAUUCAUCACUUUCCGACGCGCUCUAGUAGAGCUAGUAGACCUUUUUUAUCAACCCGUCAGUAUUACGCGUCUCCCCAAAAAGCCCCCGCCGCCGGAAACCCAUUAGCAUUCCGUAGAAACAACACGAUAAGCAGCAACAAGUGUUCCAGAGAUUCCCUUGAAACAUACAGAAUCUAAAACUCCAUUGAAAUUGGUUCUUAGUUGUUUUGUUUACCUUGCAAUCACUGCCCAAGAACGUGGCACAUUCCCAACUGUGGGUAAACAAUCGCUGCGCAACAAUUAAAAAACUUGUUCUCCCUGUGCACGCGAAUAAAUCUUUGGAGCACAAUUCCAUACCAGCCGGUGACGGGCACGGAAGAGCAGCUCCAACUACAAGAUGAUUCCAGGCUAUGGACCCGUCACGCAGGCCCUGCUGGGCACCCUGCUUACCUGGGGUCUCACCGCCGCUGGCGCCGCUCUAGUCAUCUUUGUUCGGGGUAACCAGCGGAGGUCUCUGGACGCCGCCCUAGGAUUCGCAGCUGGCGUGAUGAUAGCAGCCUCGUUUUGGUCACUGCUCAAGCCGGCCAUCGAAAUGGCCGAGAGUUCCCAUUUGUACGGAGUAUACGCCUUUCUGCCCGUCUCUGGAGGCUUUCUCUUGGGAUCCAUCUUCGUCUAUGGAUGCGACAAACUGAUGUCAUAUCUGGGCCUGAACAGCACCAACAUGAUGAUCCAGAUGACGCAGUCGAAAGACAAGGCGGACAUAGCCAUCGAGGACUCUAAGCGCAAUGGAGUACCCUCCGAUAGAUUGGCCUCCAAGAGUCUGGACAGCUUCUCCGACUGCCUCAGCGUGCAGCACAGCGGCGAAUCGAGGCGCCGAAAGAAGGGUGCUAGCAUCAACGAGAUGGAGCAAUGCACAUACACCACACCUGAGGAGCAACAGCGCGCCGAGGAGGCCCUGUCCCAGUGGAAGAGGAUUAUGCUCUUGGUCGUGGCCAUCACGGUCCACAAUAUUCCCGAAGGACUGGCUGUGGGCGUAAGCUUCGGCGCCAUUGGCUCCACGAACUCUUCGACAUUUGAGAGCGCCCGCAAUUUGGCCAUUGGCAUUGGCAUUCAGAACUUCCCCGAGGGAUUGGCCGUCAGCUUGCCGCUACAUGCCGCAGGAUUCAGCGUGAAGCGGGCUCUUUGGUACGGACAACUGUCCGGAAUGGUGGAGCCUAUUUUUGGAGUGCUAGGCGCCGUGGCUGUGACCUUUGCGAACCUGAUUCUGCCCUACGCCUUGUCUUUUGCGGCCGGAGCCAUGAUCUACAUUGUGUCGGAUGAUAUCCUGCCCGAGGCUCAUGCCAGCGGAAAUGGAACAAUCGCCACGUGGGGCACUGUGUCCGGCUUCCUGAUCAUGAUGUGUCUGGAGGUGGCACUGUCGUGAGAAACCAACGGCUCGCCUACGCCCGCCUCGCAGAUUUCAUAAGCUAUGUGCUAAACUCAAAGAUUCCACUGUACUUAACGCAAGAUUCUGCUUGCUUGUAAAUAGAAGCAUGCUUUGUACAAAUCUCAGAACUAGCCCCAAACGAGAAUCUAAUAAUCUAACGUAGAGUGUAAGUUAUGUAGAAAGAAGCUUGACAACCAGCGAUGAAGCAGCGACAUCCGUGCAAUUGUGUAUCUGUGUAUCUGUGAACAGUACAGCAUUCCCAGCGAGUUAUGUAAAUGAACUGUUUCUAGGAAAAAUUGUAAGCAAACGUGCAUGUGAAUUAGGUUUUAAAUUGUCACCGGUACACUAGUAGCUUGUGUCUUUUUUAACCGUCUAAAGUUUAAGUAAUAAACUAAAUGAAUUAAAAUGAA